ACAUUCUGGAGGGAAAUGUAUGAAGGAAUGCGGGCUGACUAUGCGGUUAGCCAACGGAACCUCUUGUCACAGUGACCGUUGCAGUUGUUGCGUUGCCUGUAGGCCAUAUAAAUGCGAAGGCACAUGUCUCGGCAAAGCAGAGAAUUGCAAAAGUGGUUACAAAAUAGAGGAGAACAAAUGCUUGGAUAGGGACUGCGUGUGCUGCGUCCCAUGCUCGGUGACGCGGAAGUGCCUAGAGGAGAAGGGAUAUCCUGAGAGAAGUACCAUAAAAUGCAAGGAAGGCUACGAAGCCAAUGCUGCUGAAGCGGACCCUGGAUGCGUCUGCUGUCAGCCUAAGAAUCAAAGAGGACAAGUGCAAAGUGCAGGCCAUUAAUGACAUCGAAUGCACACCUCCUUCUGCACCGACACCGCCUGCCCUCCGAACUAUCUGCAGACCACAGGAGGCUGCGAAUCACCGAAUAAACCGUGCAGUCACUGCGCGCCUA